AUUUGUCGAAGAAGAGAAAUCUUACAGUACUGCAAAUCAGAUUUACUGAUCAUAAUAUAGAAAUUAUUCGUUUAAAAUUUGUGGAGCGCUUUUGUUUUAACCAUGGCGUGUCGCUGCAGAUAUAUAAAACAAAUUUUUACCAAGUGCUGCUUCUGCUAUUCUCUGCGAUUCGGGGUGCUGCUCUUCGGCUGCAUCUUCCUCACCUGGUUCCUGUACAUCACAAUCGGCACCGGCUUCAUGAUGGAGUGCAUCUUCCCGGCGGAGUACCAGAGGGGCGUCUUUGCAGCACCGGCUGCCCUAAAGGCCACCAUGGUUUUCUCCUUUUUCGGGAUCAUUGCAUCUGCCAUGCUCUGCAUUGGAGUGCAUAAUAACAAUGAGAUGCUCUUUUUACCCUUUCUGGGCUUUACGCCAAUUUGGAUACUGGUUCACAUCCUGGCUUUGACCGUCUAUUCCUUUAAUUGGGUUAUAGUAAUCCUGACAGUCAUUACAAUGUUUGUUUUACUGUACGCCUGGUUUGUGGUUUGGUCUUACUACGUAGAACUUCUAUUCGCCUACGAGGAUGAAUUGGAAACCGGUUAUGUCUAAGAUCGGAAGUUAAGUGUGCAAUGCAGUCGGUUUGAUGUUUUUGACUGUACAAUAUAUACAACUUUCAGAAUAAAUUACUGUCUCUUAAAAUUAUAAAACUCAAAAUUG